CCGACCCGUAAAGCAAUCUGCCCGUCGCAGAAUCCCACAACCCGCGUACAAAGGAACCCUGGGGCCGCCAGUCAUUAUUCUCGCUGCUGGAACCGACAGAACCAUCAGUACCACACACACAACUUGUUGCCUGCCUGCUGGUGCAACCGACCUCCGCUUCUCGUGGAACAGUUCUUCGCGUCCGUCGUGAUUUUUCACAGACUGUGAUGGAAACUCUGUGAUAUCGUCGAAUUUUUGGUGCCGCAUUCGCGUUGAGUAUAGUUCCGGGGAUUUUGUUUAGUGUAAGUUAGAUCGAAGGUCGCGUAUAAAUAAAAAUUGUUUGUCAUUGUGGUGGAUUUUUUGCAAUUGUUACAGUGAGUGGCUCGCCCGGCCUGAUAUUGGAUUACCUUUCUUGAACGCCUUCUGGAAGACACCGUUUUCGCUCAAUCAAAAUGGAGGAAAAAACCGCAAGGAGGUGCCACCGCGACAUAAACAGUGCCCACAAUGGAGUCGGUAAUCGUGCCAAAUGAAAAUAGGAGUCUGGCAACAGAAAAAGGGAACAACGACAGUGAGUGUAACAAGAGUGAGAUAAACUUGAACGGCCAAAUUGAAAAAGAAGUAAGUGAAACUAAAGUGUUUACAACUGUGACGCAAAUUCAAGUAACGGAGGUAACUGUGAACCCGAAGGACCUAGACACCGAUAUAGUUAUCCUUAGGAAGGAUCCCACGACGAGAAGGAACCUUAUCAAUAAAUCCGCUUACGCCAAGCUACACCGCACUCUAUCGCCUGAUAGGAACAACACCAUAGACUCUUUAAAGGAAAAAUACGAGUCCAAGCCUGAUCUAAUCGACGUUAAAAGUAAUCCGAAAGAAGCCAGUGCAACGGAGGAAAACAAGUCACCACGUACUCCUACAAAGCUGGACGAGGAAACUGUUCAGUCGCUGAAAGACAAGUACUCACCCGCUAGGUUCGGGUAUCCCAAGAUCGCCCCGAAACCUUCCAAACUACCGCUUGCUAAACCCAGAAGUGCAGUGAAAAGCCAAAUCAUUCUCCCUUCAACGAAACCCUCGGAUAAAGAAAAAGCGAGGUACAGUCUCAAUGUAGACAAGAAAUCCAAAUCCAAAGAUGAGAACUCCAAUGAAUUGCACAGGAAGAACAGUUCCAGCUCCGGUGAGUUCGUAACCAUUAUAACAAGGUCAGAGUCAGAAGGUAGCGUAGAUAAAAUGGAAAAGGAACUCAACUUGUUUACGAUGGAUACGAAACCUAAAGACAAAAAACGCGCCAACAGCUUUAGAAAAAUAUUCUCCGGCAAGAUAUUCGGAAAGGAUAAGAAAAAAAAAGGAGACGAGAAAGACAAAAACAAACUCCAGUCAAAGCAGAAUGUGGCCGAUGUUCAGAAUAUUCAGAACGAAACCAAUUCGUUCAACAGACAAACGAACUAUAGACACACCGUUGGAGGUAAUAGCAGCAUCAAGCCAAAAGAGACGAGACCUACUAUUAGAUCCGAAAGCGACGCGUAUUCCAACCAGCAAAACCGAUAUAUCACAAAAGAAAUGGAGGACAGAUACGCCCAAAUGCACGUAAACCAAUUCAAUCAUAUCAAAAAUGCCUUUGAACACACAAAUUCUGUUCCGGCAGUGCAACCAGCUGAGGGCUACGUCCGAAUGGACAAACCUUUAGUGAAGAACAACCCGGGACCUACUAACUAUAUGAAUUUACCUAACGUUAGGAAAUAUAUCGACACCAGUUCCUCAGCCAGCACCUUAGAGUCGGAAAGAUCAAACAGCCAAAACGAAGUUGCCCAAAUUAACCGCGAGAUAGAACGCAGGAACGAACUGGAAGCUAGAAAUGAUAAUUUCAACAGCCUUAAAUCCGUCAGAUUCGAAGGCAGUAAGGAUAAUACUAGAGACACCCCUCCUCGAGCACAAGAACUGCGGCAAGACGUUCGACUGGUAAAUCCCAAGGCAUUAAUUCCUAUAACAUCCGAAAGACCUUUACCAAAUCCCUAUCAGAACAGCAACAGUUCCACCCUGGAUAAACCAAGACCCAGCCCGCAGUUGAACCCAGUGGAAAACCUAGACCGAACAAACCAAACUCGACCUCACCUUGAAGAAACUUACGGGAUUGUUUUUGACAGCCUUGUAAGAAACAAAUCACCGCAGCAACCUUCAGCGAAAAUCAAUGAAUUAAAGAACGAUCAAAAACCCCCAAGAUCUCCGUCUGUCGAACCUAGUAAACUUAAAUUACCCCCUAACAGAGAAAUUAUUCCGCUGUCGCCUAGGGUAAAGUCACCCAUACCCCAUGAUAACAUAAGUGCAGAAAAAAUUAUAGCGACAGAGUUACUGAAGCCUUUAAAGUCACCCACACUUACAAGAAAGAGUAACACAAGACUAGCAAGUCCCAGUCAUCAAAAACUUGAGAUUGAUAUCGACUAUCCUGAUAACAUUAGUAACGAACGACACGAAAAUCGAACGAUCGAAAAGAGCAAACCUCCUUUGCUUACAAAACCGCCGAUAUCGAAAAUUCCUUUCCGAAGAUCUCCAGAAGCGUCCAGCUCUAGUGCUAACAGCUUAACGAGGCAAAGCACCAGUCAAAAUUCACUAGCAUUUGACAUUAAACGGCUGAGUCAAUCAUCACCAACUUCAGAAAAUCUAGAAAACACUUACGCCAGAUAUAGAAGAAGCCAGGCAUCACCACUAGCAUCACCACUAGCGGAAAAUCAGGAGAGGAUCAUUACCAACGCCAUGGUACAUGUAAAUUCUAACGUGAGGUCACCAACUCCAGUUAAUUUAAUGAACAGUAGACCAUUGUCUCCAGUGACGCCAAGUAUUCGAUCCUCCACGCCAGUCGACUUCAGAUCUUCCCCGACUGCAAAGACUUCCCCCCAAAAGGAAGAAAUGCGGAGAAGCGUGGAAGCGUUCUACUGGAAAGAACUAAAAAAGUUGAAGGACCAAGAGAACUACGAGAUGUACCUUUACCAAAUGCAAAUGAUGCCUUAUGGAUACGCUGAGGAUCCCAUCACUGUUCGCAGAUCUAGAAGCCUGUCACCUACAACACACAGGAAUAGUAGGAGAAGCCUCAGUUUACCACGCGACACCAGACAGACUAAUGUCAAAGACGUUCCAGAAAUGUAUGGCAGGAUACAACCUGCGCCAAUACCUGAGGGUAGAGCUGUGGUACACCAACAGGUACCACAGAGAAACGUCAUUUACGGGCAACUCCAAUACCAACCCAAUUUCAGGCGUAAUGCUCCGGAAAGGAGAACCAUAGACAGCACUCCUAGAAGUUAUGAGAACUAUAACAACACUUACAGGCCGAUCUUCAAACGAGGGAGUUUAUCGACUCCAGUUAAAGAACAGGACGAAGUCCAGAAUAAGAAAGUGAGUUUUUCUGGUUCAAACCCGCAAAACGUACAGGUUUGGCCUACGAGGAACGGCUUCACCCAGAGUCCGCCUCAGAGGAGAGUAGAUAACAACAAUCGACUGAGCACUGUAGAGGACGAUGUGUUUUUGCCCACCACUCCUCGAACACCAAUCAGAUACGACGGGAAUGACAUUUAUGGGUAUAUUAACAAGCCGAUACGAUACGAAUAUGCUCCGAACCCAAACGAAGUUGUAUAUUACACGAGACAGAACAUGGAAGUGCAAAAUUCCGAGCCUACAUACGAUAGAAAUCCAAACGUAAGAUACACUGUGAACUAUCCCCAGGAUGAGAACCCCUACGGCCAACACGUAGAUGCUAAGCCUCCUUACAGAAUGACUCGUCAUGGAUCCAUACAACUCCAGGAACCUUUGUACGACCAAAGGCAAAUGGUUUCUAGGCGAAGGUCGUUUGAAAAUGGGCAAGUAAGGCCUGUUCAGGAAUCCCAGUACAUAAACAGACAACCAAAUUCUCAAGUGAAUGCUACAAUCGGUAUCCGAAGGGAGAUAAUUUUAAACGACGAGAUCUUCGGGCAAUUCGGGGGAUACGUCCAACCGAACGACGAAAGGUACCUCCAGAACAGACAAAACGCGAUUUACUCCUCCAAACAAAGCGUGGCGGAGCCCCUAUAUGGAAGAACCGGACAGAAGCAGGUGACCGUCAGUAACAAAGUGUGCGAUAUUUACGGGCAGAUCCACGACACCGACAGCUCAGCACUCAGCACUCCCACCCAAGUCAGGAGAACCGGGGUGAUAAUGGGACAGUUGCAGAGCAACCCUGGUUCACCCCAAGUGACUCGACAGACCCAGUCGGGGCUGACCAACGAGCAGUUUGCUCGCAACACGAGGCUGACCGCGAGCGCGAACGACAUGUACAGAAGGUACCAGAACGUCGAUCCACGGUACAGGAGCGACGUGGUGUACGACGGUGUGCGAUACCAGCAGCAGCAGAAACAACAAGAAAUCGCGGCGCCCACUAGACCCCUUCCCCCUGUCCCUACCAAGAAGGGGCUGAUGCGCAACAGCUCGGGAAAGUCUGACACGGACAGUGACGUGAGUGAAAUACAGAGAUUGAAUAGCGGUGCCAAAAACAAAAAACGCAGCUUUUUUGGUAAGUGAGCCAAAUGGUAGCUUUUGGGUAUUUGAGGAAGAAAAUAUUGCAGGCAAUAUGUGUUUAAAUAACCGUAGGGUAUGCUACGCACAGUAUGACUUAGGCACUUCAAAUACUUAUCUAAAAUAAUGGAAAAUAAAAGGAAAUGAAGCAUAUUUGCGCAAGUCGAGGGGUACCAUAUAAUUCGUAUUUGUCAUUUCUUUUACUAUUUUAACAUGGCUGUGAAAAUUUUAUCAAAAUUAUAUUAAUGUUAAAUUAAGUGAAACAGCUUUACUUUUAUAGCAAUUGUGAGGCUUUACUAUGAAUAACUUUCGAUGUUUUAAUAUCCAUAGUAGUAAUUCAUAUUAUAUACAGGGUGUAUCUCCCGUAAAUACAGGGGGUGAUAGUACGACAAAAAAUAAGAAUUUUUUGUCUUA